GUGGGCACAGGUGGGUGGCACUGGUGGGUGGCACUGGUGGGUGGCACUGGUGGGCACAGGUGGGUGGCACUUCUGGGCACAGGUAGGUGGCACUGCAGAGUGGCACAGGUGGGUGCACUGCUGGGCACAGGUGGGGGCACUGCUGGGCACGGGUGGGCGGAGCUAGUGGGCGCACUGCUGGGCGGAACUUGCGGGUGUCACUGCUGGGCACCGAUCAUCAGGGCACUGAUCAUCAGUGCCCUGAUGAUCGGUGCUGAUCCCCGCUCUGACAACUGCCGGUUCUCGGCAGUACUUUCCUCACGAUCUGACAGCGUGAGGAAAGUGCAGCCGAGAACCGGCACUUGC